AUGAAGAGUGAUCAGAAUUCUAUGAAGGAAAUCCGAUGCAAUUGCCGGAACAAAUUUGCAGACUUUCUGUCGCCUGAUCAAAAGAAUCUCUUAGUGCAACUUAAUCAAAGUUUUGUAUCUUCUUCUUCUACAUCGAAGCGUAGUUCUUGGAGUUCAAAUACCGAUUGUUGUUCUUCUUGGGAUGGUGUUACAUGUGAUAAAAGUGGUCAUGUUUUAAGUUUAGACCUUAGUAAUGAAUCCAUUCAAGAUGGAGUAAAUAGUUCUAGUAGUUUAUUCAAGUUCCGGUAUCUUGAGAGAUUGAAUUUGGCAUUCAACUACUUCGGUUCUAUACCGAUACCUGUGGGGUUUAAUAAGCUUGUCAACUUGACUUACCUCAAUUUGUCAAAUUCGGGUUUUAAUGGGCAGAUUCCAAUUUCAUUCUCGCGUAUGACAAGGUUAGUUACACUCGAUCUUGCAACUUAUCAAUUUCCGGGAAGUAUUCCGUUCACAUUGAACAAUCCUGAUCUUAAUACGCUUACUCGUAACUUAAAAGAAGUUAGAAUAUUAUCUUUAGACGGUGUUAACAUAUCAGCACAAGGUAGCAAGUGGUGUAAAGCGUUCUCGAGUUCAGUACCUAAAUUGCAAGUCUUGAGUCUAUCCAACUGUUAUCUGUCAGGUCCAUUUGAUAAAUCUCUUAUACAGCUUCAGUCACUCUAUGAAUUACGUCUCAGCGGGAAUAAUAUAUCAAGUGAAGUACCAGAGUUCUUUAGCGAAUUCCGCAACUUGACGUUUUUAGAUUUGAGUUCUUGCGAGUUGUACGGGAACUCCCCGGAAAGGAUUCUCAAGGUAAGAACACUUCAGAAACUCUAUCUUGCAAAUAAUGAUCAUCUUCAAGGUUCAUUACCAGAAAUUCCCAUGCAUGGACUGCUUCAGGAGUUAAUAUUGCUAAACACAAGUUUUUCUGGCGAGUUACCGAAUUCCAUAGGUAAUCUUAGAUUUUUAUCCCGCUUGGAUCUUUGGCAUUGUAGAUUUAAUGGACCAAUUCCUUCUUCAGUGUCAAAACUCAAACAACUUCAAUAUUUGGAUCUAUCUGAAAACAGUUUCACUGGAACACUUCCAAUGGCUUUGUUUGUAAUACCUUCACUACAAUACAUGGAUCUUUCUGAGAAUCAGUUCACUGGUCAACUUGGUCAGUUUGUCAACGGAUCUUCAUCUUCUCUAGAGACCCUUGAUUUGAGUAUGAAUAAGCUGCAGGGACCUAUUCCGGCAACAUUGUUUGAACUAUCUAGACUUGACACUCUUACACUUUCUUCAAACAAUUUCAGUGGGAUAGUAAAUUUGGAUGCACUUUUUAAUUAG